AGGAUUUCUGCCGGAAGUCUCGUCACUGUUGUUGCUGCUGAAUGAAAAUGUUUUCGCCUCGUGUUUGACAGGUUGUUACACGUGAGCCUCUGAGUUUGGCCCCAGCUGUCAUUCAUAUCUUCCAGUUGAUAUCUCUGUCUAGUGGGGUGCAGCCUAUACAUCCUCAUACAGCAUGUCCUCCCAGGAAGAAGGGGAUGCAGAGCCGGGCUCUUGCACAUCCGCCUCUUCCUCCUCUGAAAAUGAUGCCCCCAUUGGGGACGUCAUCACUGUCACCAUUGGAGCAACAGUGCCUACAGGGUUUGAGCAGACUGCUGCAGAAGAAGUCAAGGAGAAAAUUGGGGUUGAUGCAAUAAUCAGCAAAGAUCGUGGUCGCAUAUACUUUCCAAUAGCGUCUGACAAGCUUUUCCAGGUCCAUCUUUUGAAGUCUGUAGACAACCUGUUUGUUGUGGUUGAGGAAUAUCAUGAUUACCCCUUCAAAGAAUCAAAGGAGGAGACAUUGCUGGAGCUGCAGGAGCUUGCCUCCAAUCUCCCCUGGACUAAUGCCUUACAGAUUUGGAAACUAAAUCGCACCUUCAAAAAGAAAAAAGGCUUCAGGAAAGGUGGAAAUGGAACCAAAGUAAAACCUACUAGUAGUGAGGCCACAGAUGUUGCAUCUGUGGCCUCACUACUAGUAGGUUGUAGUGUGGCUGAUGUUGAGCAGCAAGAACUACCUCCGGCAGGGUCCGCUACUGAAAGCCAGACGAAGGCAGAGGUCACUGCUAACACGGAGGACAGCACGCCGGACUCGGAGGAGGCAGAACCAAAGACCAAAGUGACCAAGUUCCGUGUGACGUGCAACAGGGCCGGUGUCAUACACAGCUUUACCUCCAAUGAUGCAGCCAGAGACUUUGGUGGGGGCGUGCAAGAAUUCUUCCAGUGGAAAGCAGACAUGACAAAGUUUGACAUAGAGGUGUUACUGAACAUACACAAUGUAGAGGUGGUGAUCGGCAUCGCACUCACAGAAGAGAGUCUUCACAGGAGGAACAUCAGCCACUUCGGACCCACUACACUGCGCUCUACCUUAUGCUAUGGCAUGCUCAGGCUGUGUAGUCCUCAGGCGUCUGAUAUAAUCCUGGAUCCGAUGUGCGGAACAGGAGCUAUACCAUUGGAGGGGGCCAUUGAAUUCAACAAAUCUUUCUACAUUGCCGGUGACAACAAUGACAUGGCAGUUACCCGCACAGUCAAUAAUAUAUGUCACAUCCAGAAACGGAGGGCAGCUAAGGGCAGUGCACCUGGAAUGCCCAUUGACACAGUGCAAUGGGAUCUGUGCAACUUACCCAUGAGGACCGGCUCUGUUGACAUCAUCAUCACCGACAUGCCCUUUGGGAAGAGAAUGGGCUCUAGGAAGAAGAACUGGGACCUGUACCCCUCCUGUCUGAGAGAGAUGGCCCGUGUGAGCACCCCGGGGACAGGAAAGGCUGCCUUGUUGACACAGGACAAGAAAUGCUUUACCAAGGCUAUCUCGAGGAUGGGAGGACUGUGGAGGAGGCUGCACACUGUUUGGGUCAAUGUCGGGGGUUUACAUGCUGCCGUCUACCUCCUCAAGCGGACCCCGGGCGUGUUUGGCCAAACUCCGGAGGAUGUCUAUGAAUCACGAGGAACGGUUAAAGCAGAGGGGGAAGAGAAGGGGGAUAAGGAGCUCUCCUAAUUCACAUCCUGCCUUGAAGUUCUGAGUUUAAAUUUGAGGCCAUGUAGGUUCAGCAUUAUUUAUAAUUCCUUUAUCGAUUUUACAUUUUUUGUUAAUACAGGUUCUCUUGUUAGUCUUGCCAAAAAGUUUUUGCAUAUCAUUUUUGUAUUUCUCCUUUGGUUUGAUGCGAUAAUAAGAUCGCUGGAGAAAGAAAAGCUAUUUUCAUGUUCAGCAGCAGUUUAGUAGUCGCCAAACCUUUUGUUUGAGUGAAGCAGUUUAUUUGUCAUAUUGCAGUUCAGAAAGCUGCUAAAAGUUGUUUCACUGCACGCCUCAGACCCGCUGUGUCAACUUUACAGGGACUGCACAUUUUCAUAUUGGUCUGGUUAAUAAAGAUUCAAACAAAAAGUUGAUACUUCAAGUCAAUGUAAAUAUUCAUCACAUACUACAAGUGGUAAA